GGCUGCUCAGCGGUGCUCCGAGCGCGGGGGGGCCGUUCCCUCAGAGCGCCUUGCCUGGAGCCCCUCCCUGCCGCCUCCGCCGCGCUCCCGCCCCUCGGGCCGAGGCUGUCACCGCGCCUGCCGCCGGGCGCCGCCAGCAUGUUUGACAGGACGCGGCUGCCCUUCGUGGCGCUGGACGUGCUCUGCGUGCUGCUGGCUGGCUUGCCUUUUGCAAUUCUCAGUUCACGACGUACCCCCUUCCAGAGAGGCGUUUUCUGUAGUGAUGAAUCCAUCCGGUAUCCAUACAAAGAGGACACCAUUUCUUAUAAAUUGUUAGCAGGAAUAAUUAUUCCUUUCAGUGUAAUUGUUAUAAUCGUAGGAGAGACUCUCUCGGUCUUUUAUAAUAAUUUGCACUCAAAUUCAUUUGUCAGAAAUAACUACAUAGCCACUAUUUACAAAGCCAUUGGGACCUUCAUUUUUGGGGCAGCUGCUAGCCAGUCGUUGACAGACAUUGCGAAGUACUCCAUAGGUAGACUGCGUCCUCACUUCAUUGCUGUGUGCCAGCCUGACUGGACACGGAUAAACUGCAGCCUGGGCUACAUUGAGAACUUCACUUGCCAUGGGGACAAAGCAAAAAUCAAUGAGGGAAGACUAUCAUUUUAUUCUGGCCAUUCUUCAUUCUCCAUGUACUGCAUGCUCUUCGUAGCACUUUAUCUUCAGGCAAGAAUGAAAGGAGACUGGGCAAGACUUGUACGUCCUACUAUACAGUUUGGUCUUAUUGCUGCAUCUAUCUACGUGGGUCUCUCGCGUGUUUCUGACUACAAGCAUCACUGGAGUGAUGUUCUAACAGGACUUAUCCAGGGUGCAGUGGUAGCUGUGCUCAUUGUUGUGUAUGUGUCAGACUUCUUCAAAGUGAGAGGAUGUACAUUUCAACCAAAAGAAGAUUCCCAUACAACUCUACAUGAGACUCCAACAAAUGGAAAUCACUUUGGCAGCAAUCAUCAACCAUGAAGAAUGACCCAUAUCAUCUACACUGCUCUGAAAGAAAACAAUUUCACAAGUCUAACUCUGUAAUAUAAGUAAUUGCCUUUAAGGGACUGCUGCUGCUCUUGGAUGCUCACUUUACCUGUAUAUAGUAACAUCUACCACAGUUAUUGUACAUCUAAACUUUAAAUUUCUGUUGGUUCAAGCUCUUGCUUAAAAGAAAGCUAUUACAACUGUAAAUUUUUAUUGAAAACUGUAACAAGUUAUAUUACAUACACUGCUGUUUGUACAUGCCUUGUUGAAUCAACUGUGGUUUAAGUAAACACCAUUAAAAGGAAUUACUUGAUAUGGAA